ACAUGUAACACCAAUAUCUUUGUAUUGGCGUUACACUCUAAACAGUACAACGUUCAUUUGAUACCGAUGGAGGGAAGACCGAGCAGGGGCCGUCAAACUAGCUGGAAGAGAGCUGGAGGUGGAGCUGGAGGUGGAGGUGGAGCUGGAGCUGGAGCGAGGGGUGGAGGGGGAGCUGGAGCUGGAGCGAGGGGUGGAGGGGGAGCUGGAGCUGGAGCUGGAGCGAGGGGUGGAGGGGGAGCUGGCGGGGGAAGUGAUAGCGGGACCUCGGGUGGUGAACACAGGGCCCGGGGAAGAGGACGAUAUGGAACUGGAAGGGGAAAAAGGGAUCAUUAUCGAGGCCGUGGCCGCGGCUAUCAACCUACCCCAUUUGGAAGGGGUCAGGAUGAAGGGAACAGGAUGGAUGAGGAUGAGGAUGAGGGGAUGGAGGUUUUCACCAAGAGGAAAUUGGAGUCUAACUGGGAUCGUUACAAGGAGUCAGAGAAGGAGGAGCCUAGUGAUGAUACGCCCACACAGAGAGGGACUGACUACCACGUCCUCCUCGAAUCAGCAGGGGACUCCUUCACUCAAUUCCGCUUUUCUGAGGAGAAGGAGUGGGAUAUUGACUCAUUGGCAGCCAAUCAGUUUUCAGCAGUGUUUGUGGACCUCCCAGCCCUGGCCCAGUCUCUACAAGAGCUGCCUCUCCACCAGAGACUGAACCUGGAGGCUGAACUAGUCCAGGUGACCUCUCCGGUGGAGCUACCCACUAUGACCAUGGCACCCAAACAGAACUCUGUAGCGCUGGGUCUGUUUAAGCCUCCUGUCCCAGGAGUCCCAGCACCUCAGAAAGGCCUUAGUCCAAGCCUGGGUGUUUCCUGUGCCGUGAACACAGCCCCAGGCGCUGUUCCUCUGGGCUCCUCAGCUGCCAAGACCCCUGUGGUGGAUGACAUGGAUAAGGAUUUGGACCAGCUGCUCAGUCUACAGAGCUCAGACUCAGAACCUUCACUGUCCCAAACUGGCAGGCUUGUUGAGGUUCCAAAUAAAUCAGUAGAGGAGAGGGAGGAGCUUGUUCCAGAGGAGGAGCUUAAGAAGCAGGAGACACAGCAGGCCAAGGAGGAGAUUCAGAAGGAGGAGGUGGCUGUACCUCCCAAGGCAGUGGUAGCAAAGGAGGUGGUGACAGAGGAGGACCUGGAAGACUGGCUGGACAGCAUGAUCUCCUAACCCCUGAACUCUAACCUUUGACCCUGUCUGACCUAGGAGAAGGACCGUCCAGUCCCCCUCAGCCCUACAUCAUAUUCUAAUCCACCACAGUCAAGACAUGGAACACUGUUUAUAUAACAGCAGAUUCAUUAAUAACCUUUUCAUAAGAUUGACUUUGGAUGAAUGCAUUGUUGGGAGUUCUUUCCCUCCCAUUUGACUGAUUCACAUCAAGUCCCAUGUGUUCUCCAUCCUACCCUGGAUGGCUGUAGCAGCAGAGCUCUGUGAGCUGUUCCGGAUAUCCUAUUCCUUGUCAGACAGGGAAAGGGGCUCACACACAGACAGACACAUUUUCCCCUCUGAAAGGUUUCUGUAAUUGGAUCGAUGUUGUGAGCUAGUUGACAGCCCAUGGAAUACAGACAUGGUUUAUUGCAUUGGUUAAUUUAUUUCCACCCCCCCCUCUUUCCUUCUCAAAAAGAAAUGCAGGUUUCCCAAAGCUACUACAUAUAAAUGGCCAUACAAUAGCAGGUCACUGUUCAAUAAAUUCUGAAUUAUG